GACCGCAUGCAUGACACAACGCAAAGGCGAGAAGACCACCAUCAGCAUCCAGGAGCACAUGGCCAUUGACGUGUGCCCUGGCCCCAUCCAGCCCAUCAAGCAGAUCUCUGACUACUUCCCCCGCUACCCGCGGGCCGGGCCGGCUCGCUGCGCUCCUCCUCCGCCAGCCACAACUCUGGGGAUGACCCGGCCCGAGGAGGAACCGGACGUGGAGGGCUAUGACUCGGACGACUCAACUACGUUGGGGACCCUGGACUUCAGUUUACUGUAUGACCAGGAAAACAACGCUUUGCACUGUACCAUCAACAAAGCCAAGGGGCUAAAACCCAUGGACCACAACGGGCUCUCAGAUCCGUAUGUCAAACUGCACCUACUGCCUGGGGCCAGUAAGGCCAAUAAGCUUCGCACCAAGACCCUGCGCAACACCCUCAACCCCAUCUGGAGCGAGACCCUGACCUACUAUGGCAUCACCGAUGAGGAUAUGGUCCGCAAAACACUCAGGAUUUCAGUGUGUGAUGAGGACAAGUUCCGCCACAAUGAGUUCAUCGGAGAGACACGCAUCCCCCUCAAGAAACUCAAGCCCAACCAGACCAAGAACUUCUACAACUGCUUGGAGAAACAGCUACCUAUCGACAAAACAGAUGACAAGUCCCUGGAGGAGCGAGGGCGUAUCAUGAUCUCCCUCAAGUAUAGUUCCCAGAAGUCUGGCCUGGUGGUGGGCAUCGUCCGCUGUGCCCACCUCGCCGCCAUGGACGCCAACGGCUUCUCAGAUCCCUACGUCAAAACGUACCUGAAGCCUGACGAAAACAAAAAGUCAAAGCACAAGACUGCUGUGAAGAAGAAGACCCUCAACCCAGAGUUUAACGAGGAGUUCUUCUACGAAAUCAAAUACGCCGAUCUCAGCAAGAAGACACUGGAGGUGACCGUCUGGGAUUACGACAUUGGCAAGUCCAACGAUUUUAUAGGUGGCGUAUCCCUGGGCAUCAGCGCCAAUGGGGAGAGGCUCAAACACUGGUUCGACUGUCUCAAAAACAAGGACAAGAAAAUUGAGCGCUGGCACACGCUGACCAACGAACUUCCUGGUACAACAUUCAACGACUAAUGGCCCAUCCCCAAACCCUACACAUUUGCAAGUAAGGCACCUCCCAUACUUGCUGUGGACAGGAGUUCAGCCUUGAUCGACCAAUUUACCAAAUCACACUCCAGCUUUCCCGUUUCCGGAGACAUUUACCAAAUCACAGCUCUUGUUUUCUGUAUUUCUCUCCCAAGGUUUUGAGCUCACCCAUUAUCUUCUAUCCCCUUCUGAUAAUGUGCUGUCUUUAGGGCUUAUUUGAUGAUACUGCACCUGCAGCUGUCCACAAAAGAACGGUUUGGCAGUGUUGAGAAAGAGUCUGAUGUAUGUCCCAACAAAACCAUAAGUGCGCAACACAUGGGAAACAAAAGGUUUGCUGCACAAAACUAGAGAUGCGAUUAUAUUUUAAUUGUUUGCUGUCCAGAGAUGCAUAUUCACUAGGUUUACUGGAAAAUCUACUGGCAGAUAUGGGGAGUGUGCACUUUGUUGAAAUGACAGGAGAAAAGUGUGGAUUAUUUACUUCAGACACUGCUCUUAAAAGCAUGUAAUGUUUACAAGUCUAGGACGCAGCUCCACACACCUAUGCUGUUCCUCUCAAGUUCGUCUUUGCAGGGGAAAGGGGGAAAAAGACACACGUAAUGUGUUUUAUAUAGACAGUCUACU